CGGCCGGGGAAGGGGCGGGGACCUGGCUUUGAUUGACAGGCCUGGCCGCUCCACGUCGACAGGGGCAGCCAAGAUGGAGGCGCUGGUGCUGGAGCCCAGUCUGUACACGGUGAAAGCAAUUUUUAUCAUGGACAAUGAUGGGGAACGAAUCCUCGCUAAGUAUUAUGACAACACCUACCCAUCAGUCAAGGAGCAGAAGGCCUUUGAGAAGAACAUCUUCAACAAGACACACCGUACAGACAGUGAGAUUGCUCUUCUCGAGGGUCUGACCGUGGUGUACAAGAGCAACAUCGAUCUCUAUUUCUAUGUCAUUGGCAGCUCACAUGAGAAUGAGUUAAUGCUCGUAGCCGUGCUGAACUGCUUGUUCGACUCGCUCAGCCAGAUGUUGAGGAAGAACGUGGAGAAGAGAACGCUCCUGGACAACAUGGAAGCGGUGUUCCUGGCCAUUGACGAGAUCGUUGACGAAGGGGUCAUCCUGGAAAGCGACCCACAGCCGGUGGUGCAAAGAGUAGCUUUGAGGGCUGAUGAUGUCCCUCUUACAGAACAAACGGUGGCCCAGGUAAGUCUCGAGACAAAAGGUGUGUCUGCUUUCACCCCAGUGGCCUCCCUCCCCCUGCUCUCUCCGGCCCUCUCUUCUGAUACCCUGGACCUUCCUCCCCGACCCCGGCCGAUUUCCAAGUCUCCGCUAUCGGCGGGCAAUGCCCAAAGUUACCCCGGUCCGGAGCUCCCAAACUAUGGACAGGGGGACAGCGGUGGACCUCUGCAGUGUUUCAACUACUGGGACCAGCGCUUUUACCUGGUGGGAGUGUCGAGUUUCGGGGUGCAGUGCGGUCUGGCUCGCAAGGUGGGGGUGUACACCCGCAUGUCCAAGUAUGGAGACUGGAUCGACAAGGUCAAGGCCGUCAACGGGGGUGGGGCGUGCAGUCCGCUGCCCUGCAUUCUCCUGGCCCUGGCACUGACCGCCACUCGCUGCUGA